CUCUCUCUCUUUCUCUCUCGGUCCCUCUCUUUUACCUAAUCAACACACCUGCAUUCUGGGAAUCAACGGGAAAGAGCAGAGAGAGAGAGAGAGAGAAACAUCUAAACAAACAAGCAGAAGAAGGGGAGAGAAAGAAGCAAUAAAAGAUGCAGAGAGCUGUGAUGAGAAGGGCUUUAUGGGGAAGAGAAUUUCAAGGUUGGCGUCGAUGCUUGUCUCAACUAACCCAAAAGGAGGCCUCUCUACCAGAGGAUGGCUUCGUCAUUCCCAAACUGCCCCCAUUCGACUAUUCUCCUCCGCCGUACGUCGGACCCACCGCCGAUCAGAUAUUGAGGAAGCGAAACGAGUUUCUCAGCCCUUCUAUGUUCUAUUUCUACAAGAAACCUCUGAACUUGGUCCAUGGCAAGAUGCAGUACUUGUUUGAUGAGAGUGGGCGUAGAUACCUUGAUGCAUUUGGAGGAAUUGCUACGGUGUGUUGUGGUCACUGUCACCCUGAUGUGGUGCAGGCAAUUGUCAAACAAACCAAUAACUUACAGCACUCCACUAUUCUUUACCUCAAUCAUGCCAUUGCAGACUUUGCUGAAGCAUUGGCCUCCAAGUUGCCUGGAGAUCUCAAGGUGGUGUUUUUCACCAACUCUGGAACAGAAGCAAAUGAGUUAGCGAUGAUGAUUGCACGGUUGUAUACUGGGUGCCAUGACAUCAUAUCACUGAGGAAUGCGUACCAUGGGAAUGCAGCGGGGACUAUGGGUGCCACUGCACAAUCUAACUGGAAAUUUAAUGUUGUGCAGAGUGGAGUUCAUCAUGCCGUGAACCCAGACCCAUACAGAGGCAUCUUUGGUUCAGAUGGUGAACAGUACGCAAAAGAUAUUGAAGACCUCAUUCAAUUUGGAACUUCUGGCCGUGUUGCUGCAUUUAUUUCUGAAGCUAUACAGGGAGUGGGUGGUAUUGUUGAAUUGGCUCCUGGUUACAUGCCUGCUGCCUAUAGCAGUGUUAAAAAAGCAGGAGGCAUUUGUAUUGCCGAUGAGGUCCAAUCUGGUUUUGCUCGCACAGGGAGUCAUUUCUGGGGAUUUGAGGCCCAUGGAGUUGUGCCAGACAUAGUGACAAUGGCCAAGGGCAUCGGAAAUGGGAUUCCCCUUGGUGCUGUGGUAACUACUCCUGAGAUUGCACAGGUCUUGACGCAACGCAGUUACUUUAAUACCUUUGGAGGAAACCCCGUAUGUACUGCCGCAGGGCUUGCUGCUCUCAGAGUGAUUGAGAAAGAAAAACUUCAGGAUAAUGCACAUGCCGUGGGAUCCUAUCUGAAAGGACGCCUCAAUACCCUCAAGGAUAAGCAUGAAAUUAUUGGGGAUGUGAGAGGAAGAGGAUUGAUGCUUGGAGUUGAGCUUGUAACUGAUCGGCAAUUGAAAACUCCUGCGAAGGUUGAAAUUCUACAUGUGAUGGAGCAGAUGAAAGACAAUGGAGUGCUGAUCGGCAAAGGUGGAUUCUAUGGCAAUGUUUUCAGAGUUACACCUCCACUCUGCUUCACUAAGGAAGAUGCAGACUUUCUUGUGGAUGUUAUGGAUUAUGCAAUAUCAAAUACGUGAAGACUUUUGCGUUGUAGUCCACACAGGAGAUUGAACAUCAAAUCCACUUCUCUGAUCUUACUGUGGAUAAAGAUGUUCAUUUCAUUGUUAAUCAUGGAUGUGGCACACCUUUAUAUAGCUAUUGUCAAAUAAAUUAUCAAUGUAAAUAGGCCUCUGCAUCAUUAUACUGCAGUAACCUUAUGGUUAUACUUUGAAUCAACUCCUCGUUGAUUCUUUGAUGUCUUCAUUUUUCCUGUCUUAUAAUGAGUCAACGAGUUGUUGUCUCUCUC